AUGAGUAUCGUGGUGGCACUAGGUCACUUUUGUGAGCAGCAUGGACCACGCGUCGUGUAUACCACGCAGUCUUUUCACUCGAGCCAGCCGGAUGACAUGCUGGAGGAGCAGGGCACUGGCUUGGAGAUGACACCGGUGGUCGAGUAUGCCACGCCCACACCUUUGGGCACGCCGGGUCCACCGGGUUUGAUGUCAACCCCUCGUCGAACAAUCGGGUCGGCCUCCACCGUAGUGCCCACCUCCGAUCAUAGUUGCUGUGCUGCAUGCGGUUGGCGAGUCCACAGCCCUGGCUUCAUCAGCUACGAUCACGAUGCUGCUGCCUCCUAUGUCAGCCGGCACCACCCUACUCGGCCAGAGGUCUACAGCAUUCUUCGACAGGCAUGCCUUCGUGCUCUUUCAUCCGAGGUGUGUGUGUAUCGUCAUGGUCCUCUCAUCUUUGGUGACCAAGAGCACGGGUUUUGCUUCAGCUAUAAUUUCACAGUUGCUGAUCCCGAUGCGCGCGGCGGCCUACGUCAAUACUGCUUUCUUCUUUUAAUGAGCGACAUUCUGCGACUGGUGGCUUCAUGGCACUUUUUACGCCACCAUCUCCAGAUCCUCAUACGGGACAUGACUUCCAAGGUGCGCCAUCGUCCAAGAUAUCUUCAUACAACCCAAAGCUUUGGCCGUGUCCAGAUUUCUCCAACCGAUGGCUUUUGCCCCGUGAUACGAUGGGCUCUUUGGUUGCUUGUUUGCAGGCCGAGAGGUUGGCCCGAUUGA